AUGGAGACUCCACCGGCGGAGGAGCUGCUGAAGAAGAUACGAGAGCUAGAAGAAAGCCAGGAGCAUCUAAAGCGUGAGAUGUCAAGGCUCAAGGUAUCGGCGGAGAUUAAGCAGCGUUCGCAUUCGGUGUCGCCUGUGAGGAGAAACAGUGGAGACGGGAAUCCGUUGUGGAGAAAGAGCGGCGCGGCGUCGUUCCGUCACGCUUCCCCGUUGCGGAAAGAGAGCCAUGGCCAUUCGAAAGCCGGAGCUGGUUGCGAGGGACAGUCGGCAGGCAAGUUCACCGAUAAACAGUAUUUGAAUAUUUUGCAGUCUAUGGCACAAGCUGUUCAUGUCUUCGAUCUAAAUGGCCAAAUAAUCUUUUGGAACUCAAUGGCGGAGAAGCUUUAUGGCUUCUCAGCUGCAGAAGCACUUGGGAAGGACCCGGUUAAUAUACUUGUAGAUGGUCAGGACGCUGCCGUUGCACAAAAUAUAACUCGGCGUUGCAGCAGCGGAGAGAGUUGGACUGGUGAGUUUCCUGUCAAGAACAAAGCAGGAGAGAGGUUUUCAGUCGUUACUACGAUUUCUCCCUUCUAUGAUGAUGAUGGUUCUCUUAUUGGGAUCAUAUGCAUCACAAAUGAUUCGGCACUCUUUCAAGACCCGAGAGUCUCUCCAGCUAAGACAAGGGGGCAAGAAGGAGAAACAAGCUUUAGCCGGGCGACUAAUAGUGUUGCAUCUAAGCUUGGUCUUGACUCGAAAGAGGCUGUUGUAUCGAAACUUGGCCUUGAUCCUCAGCAGCCUAUACAAGUUGCCAUAGCCUCCAAGAUAUCAGAUUUGGCAUCCAAGGUGGGCAACAAGGUCAGGUCAAAAAUGCAAGCAGGUGAUAAUAAUGCUGCACACCUUGAGGGUGGAAGUGGGGACAGCCAUCAGUCCGAUCAGGGUUUCUUCGAUGCUGCUUUCUCUGACCGGAGGGAGGAUGCAUCAACAAGUAGUGCUAGCACGCUUAGGGGGGAUUUUAUCCAAUCACCUUUUGGUAUAUUCUUACGUAGCGAUGAUAAGUCUUCUUCAAAGCCAUCCAGAGAUUCCAGUGAUGAAAAUGAUGGAAACUCUGUUGUUCCUAAGACACUUACCUCAAAAGCUGAAGAGUGGAUGUCAAAGAAAGGAUUGUCAUGGCCAUGGAAAGGGAAUGAAAGGGAAGGUUUGGAAGGAAGGCGUGGUCAUUCUGUGUGGCCUUGGGUGCAUUCUGAACAACAUAAAGAACAGGCUCAGCAAAGUAAUUCUGUUAAUAGUAUUAAAUCUGAAAGACAGGCAUAUGAAGGUAAUAGGGCUGCCAAUAACGAGGCUAUGGGGUCUUGGUCUUCCUCUGUUAAUGUGAACAGCACAAGCAGUGCCAGCAGCUGUGGAAGUACCAGCAGCAGUGUAAUGAACAGAGUCGAUAUGGAUAGUGACUGCUUGGACUAUGAAAUCUUAUGGGAGGAUUUGACAAUUGGAGAGCAAAUUGGGCAAGGUUCAUGUGGAACUGUAUAUCAUGGUUUAUGGUUUGGAUCUGAUGUGGCUGUGAAGGUGUUCUCCAAACAAGAAUAUUCGGAAGAGAUCAUAACAUCUUUUAGACAAGAGGUAUCAUUGAUGAAAAGACUUAGACAUCCGAAUGUUUUGCUAUUUAUGGGAGCCGUGACAUCACCUCAGCGUCUCUGUAUAGUGACAGAGUUCCUUCCACGUGGAAGUCUCUUUCGUUUGCUGCAGAGGAACACGUCAAAAUUGGAUUGGAGGCGACGUAUCCAUAUGGCCUCGGACAUUGCUCGUGGCAUGAAUUAUCUUCAUCACUGUAGUCCACCCAUCAUUCACCGCGAUCUGAAGUCGUCAAAUCUACUGGUCGAUCGAAACUGGACCGUGAAGGUUGCUGACUUUGGUCUUUCUCGUAUCAAGCAUGAGACGUACCUCACUACGAAGACGGGAAGGGGAACGCCUCAAUGGAUGGCACCGGAAGUUCUUCGAAAUGAGGCUGCUGAUGAAAAGUCUGAUGUUUACAGCUUUGGAGUAAUAUUAUGGGAGCUUGUGACUGAGAAGAUCCCUUGGGAAAAUCUGAAUGCUAUGCAGGUGAUUGGAGCUGUGGGGUUCAUGAACCAGAGGCUGGAAGUCCCGAAGGAUGUUGAUCCUCAAUGGAUUUCUUUAAUGGAAAGCUGCUGGUAUAGUGAGCCACAGGACAGACCGUCGUUCCAAGAAGUAAUGGAGAAACUAAGAGAGCUUCAAAGAAAAUACACAAUACAGUUCCAGGCAGCUCGUGCUGCAUCGAUAGACAACUCUUCCCUCAAGGAAAAAUAA